AUGAGAGCCACAUGCCUCGCUCUCAUUAGAGUCCUCACGGUAGGCGUGAUAGCACAAGCCGGCAGCGGCGUCUUUGAGCCGCAAGAUUUCAACAUAACGGCGGCUCUCGAAAACCUCGGCAUUGACGUAUCAGCUCUACCACAGCCAGCGAAUACAUUCAAUGUAAGGUCUUCAGAUGUGCCAUGCUCAAACGCUUGUAUCGCUUUAACGAUACUGUUUGGCGCUGACAAAGUCUUGGCUGAAGGGGCGACCGCAUACAGCGGUUUCACGGCAGGAUACUGGUCUGCUCAACAAAGCUCACUACGACCUUCCUGUGUCUUCAAGCCCACCAAAACCCUAGACGUCUCAACACUAGUACUCGCGGCUAGACUGUACCAAUGCCCUUUCGCCAUAAAAGGUGGGGGUCAUGCGGCAUGGGCCGGUGCGUCCAGCAUUGAAGACGGAAUUACGGUCUCGUUGGAAGAUUUCAAGCAGGCCGUUGUUGCCUCCGACAAACAGACAGUUGAUAUCGGCCCUGGGCUCCGAUGGAUAGAGGUUUACAAGGCUGUCGAGAAAGACGGCCUCAGUGUUGCGGGAGGGCGUUGGAUGAAGAUGGCCCCUGUAGGCGUACCUGGACUCAUCCUUGGAGGAGGCAUAUCCCACUUUGCGAGCAAGCGCGGCUGGGCAUGUGAUAACGUGGUGAGUUUUGAACUGGUCACAGCCUCUGGCUUCGCUAUCAACGUCACCACAACUUCUUAUCCUGAUCUAUACUGGGCAUUGAGAGGAGGAGGUAACAAUUUUGGGAUUGUCACAAACUUUAAGCUUGACGCCUUCCCACUUGGUCAGAUGUGGGGAGGCCAGCGGGUGUACCUGGAGGAUGCAACUACGGCCGUGCUGGAUGCGCUCUACCAGUUUACCGUAUCUGGAUCUGCCAAGGACGAAGAUGCCGCCCAGAUUGUGACUUUCGCUAGCGCACCCGGAAUCGGCAAAGUCUCUUUUGCCAAUUUGCAUUACGCCAAGCCGAUUGCUAACGCGUCCGUCUUCUCCAGUUGGAACAAUAUUACUGCCAUCGAUGAUACCACCGGCCUCCGGCCAAUGUCCGGGAUGGCUGACCUCCUGAACCAGGGAGCACCUACACCCGGAGCUUACCAGACCUGGUGGGGCAUUAGUUUGAAGAUGGAUAGAGAACUCCUCCAGUUCAUCGUUGACACGUUCUACGCUCAGGAAGCGAGCGUCGCCGAUGUCGAGAAGAUAUUACUCAUCAUGGCCGUCCAGCCCAUCACUGAGGGCGCGACCAAAGCCAUGCAGAAGAACGGCGGAAAUGCUUUGGGUAUCGACCCAGAAAACGGCCCAUACUUCGUACUUAACUUCAACGCGGCCUGGGAUAGAAAGGAAGACGAACCCAAGUUUCACAGUGUCAUUGCCAACGUCAUCAAACUUGUCAAGGCGGAAGCAAAGAGGAGGAACCUUGACAACGACUUUGUGUAUCUCAACUACGCAUCUGAAUAUCAAGACCCCAUUGGCAGCUACGGGGUGAAGAACAAGAAGCGGCUGGUAGAGAUAUCGAAGAAGUACGAUCCUAAACAAGUCUUCCAGUACCUCCAACCUGGUGGGUUCAAGCUGGUGAAGGGCGCGCCGAAUAUGAAUACUCCGAACGCGUCAUUGGCCAUUUCUCACGAACUUUGA